CAAGGGAACCCCGCACAUCAGACCUUCGACCUGUUAAGGCACUCGCAUUUCAUUCUCGGUUCUAUUAUACGGUACCAUUGUCUCGCCAGUUUCUGAAAUAUCCAUCGUUUCCGGUGCUGUUAAAUUUGUCACACACUAUGGGCACCUUCUCCCGCGCCAGCGCCUCAGCAUCGUGCUCAGCGCUCUCCAAGACGGCACAGUCCGCCGCCGCCAAGAUUGAGACGGUACUUUCCUCGGGAGACGUCGGCGACGACGCACUCCGGAAGCAGCUAUCCGUCAUGUCCGCGCGGCUAGAGCUGUUUCGGCACCACGCAGAACAACUGGGCCGCUGCAUCGCGGAUGCUCCGGUGGUGCACCCGGAACUCGGAAACAAUCUCACCUGGACUUUGGCCGACUCCUCGAACGCUCUGGGAUCUAUAGCGGAUACGUUGGCGCCAGGGUCCGGCGGCCUGGAUAGGGGCGCGCUCUCGCUGUUUGAAAACUUGGUAGCCGCUUGCUCGAGGUUCUUUGUUCUGGGUUCUCAGUUGCUGAUAAUGGAAACGGAGCAAGAACAGCAUUCAAAACUAGUUGACCCAGGUGCAAGCAGCAUCGUAGCCGCUGCGAAUGUCGCCUGCCACACGGCCCUCGCAUUCAACUAUGCGACUGAGAACUGAGAAUCCUUGUAUUGUAUUGUACAAACCAGGAGGCAUUGGGGGACUUGCGACGUGUCACGUAUGCCGAGGGUGAAACUUGUACCAUUGAUACCGGGUUCUCCUUUGUAUCAAUGCCUUCCAUUAUUUGCCAAUACGGGCCUCGAGCAUCCUUCCCAUUUGAUUCCUUUAUUUUCCUUACACAGUUGGGUUCAAGGGAAACAGCCAGAUGAGUACUGAGCCACUAGCACCUGGGCAUCUGAUAGCACUUGGUGUUUCUUCGAUGACCACAUAUCAGGAGACGUACUUCUCGGACUGCCAUGUUUAAACCCGCGGGACUGGUAUGAUGCUGGCCUUGGUAACACAACUGCACUUUCCAACUCUAUCAAUCAAUACAGUUUCCUGUGACUUCACACGUAUAUAUGAUAGUCGUAUCGUUGGUUC